AUGGCACGCGGAUACUGCACAGAAGUCAGUGCGCAAUGUCCCGUAGAAGCAACCACCUAUGGAUAUCGACCUAAUCUUGGAGGCGACAUCUUCUUUUGUGUGGUGUUUGGAAUCCUCUUCUUCGCUCAACUUUUCCUUGGAAUCAAAGCUCGCCUGAAGGGCUUCACCUUCGCUGUCAGCAUUGGAUGUUUCGGAGAAUGUGUCGGCUACAUCGGCCGACUUAUCAUGCACAACAACCCAUGGAGUCAAACGGGCUUCAAGAUUCAGAUUGUCUGUCUUAUUCUAUCGCCGUCCUUCCUGGCCGCUGGAAUUUACCUCACGAUUAAGCACCUGGUCAUCCACUUCGGCCCUCAAUAUUCUAGACUAAAGCCCACUCUCUACACCUGGAUCUUCAUCUCCGCCGAUGCAGCCAGUAUCCUUGUCCAAGCUGCUGGAGGUGGCAUUGCCGCCGGCGAGCAGACUGACUUGAUCAAGAUCGGAAACUCAAUCAUGGUUGCUGGUAUUUGCGUCCAGGUUGCUACUAUGGCUCUCUGUGGUCUUGUCGCUGCAGACUUCUUCUUCCGCCGCUACAGAUCCCGCGAGGCUCAAAACAACCUUGACGACCCGAUGACUCGCUCAACCCCUGGCUUCAAGUUCUAUGUUGGCGCCUCGACUCUCGCCUUCAUCACCGUCUUCAUUCGUUCCGUGUACCGUAUUCCUGAGAUGNNGAUGGUCUGUAUCGCUGCCAUCGCCCUCACCGUCGCCCACCCUGGAGUCUUCUUCCCCCAAAUCAAGGAGCACAAGAAGCCCAAGAAGGAGAAGAAGAGCAAGAAGAACAAGAAGGCCGAGGAGGCUGGACUAGAACUGUCAAGCAGUGGUGACAGUGUAUAA